CUAUUUAUAACGGGUGAGUCAGGCUGGACUGAAGGGCUCAGCCCACCCCGAGCUGCUAGAGCUGGGGAGCACCCAGCCAAAGGCACGGGGCCCUGCCAGACGCUCGCAGGCUGCCCUAUAAAUCAGGGGCUCGUCCUGUUGCUUGCCAUGACCAGUAGCACCUUCACCUUCGCAUUCACCUCGGCCGCGCUGCGCUCACUGCGGCUGGACGAGGAACGGCUGCACCGCUGGAAGCUCGCCCAGCGCGUGGGCCCAUCUUGCCGCCCCGGUCCCAGCGCACUGUGCCCCAGGGUCUGGGGGUCCCCACACCGCCGCAUGGAGCCCCUUGCCUGCCACGACUUUCUGGUGCAGAACGCGCUUUUUGCAGGCGACUUGGAGAUGGUGCGGCAGCACUUCACUGAGAGCGCUGCCGUCAACCUCGUCAUUGAGGCCAAGGGUGAUGAGCUGCGCUGGACCAGCCGCAAGCUGGGGCUGUGGUCGCUGACCUACGAGCAGGAGCUGACUACGCCGCUGCACAUCACAGCGGGACGCGGGUACGCCGACUGCCUGCGCUUCCUGCUGCUGCGGGGCGCGGCUGUGGACUUCGCGCCCAGCGGAAAGACAGCGCUGCACGAGGCCUGCGCGGCCGCCCACACCAGCUGCGUGCGCCUGCUCCUGAGCUUCGGCGCCGACCCCCAGGCCGUGUCCGAGGAUGGCUUCCAGCCGCUGCACCUCUGCAAGAGCCCUGGCUCCCUCGAGUGUGCCCGGCUGCUGCUGCAGAGCAGUGCCAGCGUGAACGUGGCCACGGAGGACGAGGAGGACUCGCCUCUGCACGUGGCCGCCCGGCACGGCCUGCCCGAGCACGUGGGUCUGCUGCUGCGGUAUGGGGCCGCCGUGGACGCUGAGAACGAGGAGGGCCAGACGCCGCUGCACGCCGCCUGCUCUCAGCCCCAUGAGCCCGAGGACAUCGAGCGCUACUUUGAGGUGUGCCAGCAGCUGGUGGAGCACGGGGCCCGCGUGGACGUGCCCGACCGCGACCUGCAGCGCCCGCUGCACCUGGCCUGCAAGGUGGCUAAUGCGCGUGUGGUGGAGCUGCUGCUGGGCCACGGCGCCAGCGUCAACAUCAUGAACUACAGCGGCAACACAGCCAUGCACAACGUGCUGCAGGUGGCUGCCUACAAGCUGCUCCACCAGCCUGAGCGCAUGGUGCGCGCCCUGCUCAACCACGGGGCCGUGCGCGUCUGGCCCGGCUCCCUCACCAAGGUGCUGCGGUACUGCCACGCCGCCCCCCGCGUCAUCGAGGCCCUGAUCAACAGCUACGACCGCGUGCGCGUCCCCGACGAGUGGGCCAAGGCCGUUCCCCCCGAGACCUUGCAGAAACACCAGGGUUUCUACCAGUCGCUGUUCACGCUGGGGCAGCAGCCGCGCUCCCUACAGCACCUGGCGCGUUACGCGCUCCGCACCCACCUGGAGGGCCGGGUGCUGCUGGCCGCGCCGCGCCUGGGGCUGCCCCCCGCCCUGCUCCGCUUCCUGCUGCUCGACUUCGAGGACGUCCUCUACUAGGGGUUGCUGGCCCCGUCCGCGCAGCCCGGCCUGCGCCUGCCCUCCCAG